AUGAUGAGCAAUGGCGCGAAACGGACGGUGAUACAACUGGCCAGGAAUUAUCGUCUGUCUUCUUCAUCUUUAUCCUCUUCUCGAAUAGCGCAAUCGGGCUUUCGGCGGCGAUGUCUGUCGACGUCAACACCAGCAUCAACAUCAGAGAAGAGGGAAUGGUCGACACCGCUCGCGAAAACGUUAGCUGAGGCGAUCAAGACAACAGGUCCCAUCUCCAUCGCCGCAUUCAUGCGUCAAGUCCUCACCAACCCCGAUGGCGGAUACUACACGAGCACGCGCGAAAGCCGUGGCGGCGAUGUUUUCGGCAAGAAAGGCGACUUCGUCACCUCGCCGGAGAUCACGCAGGUUUUUGGCGAGCUCAUCGGCAUCUGGACGGUCGCGGAGUGGAUGGCGCAGGGGCGGCCGAGCAGCGGGGUGGAGUUGAUCGAGGUUGGGCCCGGGAAGGGGACGUUGAUGGAUGAUAUGUUGCGUACGUUUCGAAAGUUCAAGAAUUUCGCCUCCAGCAUCGAUGCCGUCUACCUCGUCGAAGCCAGUGCGUCACUCCGAGAGGUACAGAAGCAGCUCUUGUGCGGUGCAGAUGUGGCCCUGGAGGAGACAGACAUCGGACACAAGAGCGUCAGCAAGCAUCUCGGUGUGCCGAUAAUAUGGGUGGAGGAUAUCCGACUGUUACCUCAUAACGACAAAACCCCGUUUAUAUUCGCACACGAGUUCUUUGAUGCCCUGCCUAUCCAUGCCUUCCAAUCGGUCGCUCCCUCACCAGCAUCCAACAACCCUCAACAAGAGAUUAUGACCCCAACCGGUCCUGCGCCCUUACAUCAACCGCUGCAGAAGAAGCCUUCAGAAACGACGCCGCAGUGGCGGGAACUGAUGGUCUCGCUGAACCCGAAGGCAGUAGUGGAGAACAAGAAGGACGAGCCGGAGUUUCAACUGUCUCUCGCCAAGGCCUCCACGCCGUCGUCCCUCGUCAUACCGGAGAUAUCGGCGCGGUACAAGGCGCUCAAGUCGCAGCCGGGAUCGAUCAUCGAGGUCAGCCCCGAGAGUCGCAUCUACGCCGCUGACUUCGCUCGUCGGAUCGGUGGGUUCUCUCCCAGCGCUAACACGAGCACGGGAACGAGCACGAGGGCAGGUACUGCUGCUGCUGCUGCUACUACUACUGCCGCAGGAGUGAAGCCUGUCUCACCAGCAGCCAGCCCGUCUGGUUCAACAAGAAAAACCAAGCCGUCCGGGGCUGCUCUGAUCCUGGACUAUGGCACCGCCUCCACCGUCCCCGUCAACUCGCUGCGCGGGAUCCGGCAACAUACCAAGAUCUCCCCGUUCGCGUUUCCAGGCCAAGUCGACGUGAGCGCAGACGUAGACUUCACGAGUCUCGCGGAGGCGGCUAUCGAAGCGAGCGAAGGCGUCGAGGUCCACGGACCAGUCGAACAGGCCGACUUCCUGCGCGCGAUGGGGAUUGCGGAGCGAGCGGAACAACUGCUCAAGGAGACCAAAAACGAGGAAAAGCGAAAGACGCUGGAAAGCGGGUGGAAGAGACUUGUUGACAGGGGGCCUAAUGGUAUGGGUAAGAUAUAUAAAGCCAUGGCCAUCAUCCCUGAGAACGGCGGUCGGAGAAGGCCAGUAGGGUUUGGGGGGAGUGUCGAGGGAUGA